GUUCGGUCCGGUACCGGUUCUCAUUUUAUGAGAACCGGUCAUGGCAUUGUUUGGAACCGGUUCGGUCCGGUUCGGGACAGAAAAUUUUGAGAUCCGUUUCAAACCCCGUUUAUCGGUCCGGUACCAUACCGAUCCGGUUCGGUAUCAUGCCGGUUCGGUAUUUUUGCCCACCCCAGUCAAGUCUGAUCCUUGACAAAAAUCAGCCAGUUCUCCUGCACAACUUUUUAACUUCCUCUUGGGCAGCAUAUCCGCCAGUUCUCUUCUCCCUUGACGCACACUUCCUCUUCCGCAUCUCAACGAGAAUGGGAAAGUCUCCCGUUGCUUCCAAGGUCGCUGAAGCCUCUAUGAAUUCCAAAGGUUCAUCAUCUCUACAAGCUUUCGACGUCAGAUUCUCCAGACCAUCUUCCAUGAAGGACAAAGACAUGAAGAAAAUCAAAUCGGUCUAUGGCUUCCCGGAAUCCUCCUGCUGGUUGGGUUGGAUUCAUGGCUUCAAAAUAGGUACUUGUUUCCCUCUUUCUCCUUUAAUUAGGGGAUUCCUCGAACUUGUUAAGAUGUCUCCAACUCAAAUAAUGCCGGCCUCAAUCAUAGAGGAUGCUCCGAGCCCUUGGAGUUCUGCCCGUGAAAUUCUCUCUUAAAUUUGCGGCGGAUGACUUGGAUUUUACCUACAACUUGCGUCAUUCGGGGACUUGUUCUAGUUGUGAAAGAGAAGCGAGAGGUUAUGAUUCAUGGUGCCGACAAUGUAAACGAUCAUGGUAGGGUGAGCAAAUAUUUUUUUUGUUGAAAAAGCUUCCUUGGGUUCAAGUGGCGAUUUGUCAGAGGAGCGACUCAAAGACUAUGGUGAGUGUCGUAAUCCUCUUUUUGUAUUUUUAAUAUUUAUUACUGUUUAUUACUACGUAUUUUUUCUUUCUUUUCUUAUAUAUCUCCACGUCCAUAAUUCCAUAUAUUGUUUGGCCUUUUAUAUUUGUACUACGUGAGUUCAAUGAUGUUUUCGAUGUAUAUAUCUUGUGUUCGUCGUGUUUGCGUAUUGUUAGGUUCACAAAGACUUUAACCAUCCCAUUUCAACCCGACGCAGAGAAACAAACCGCUGAGAGCCUGAGAUCAUAACUUUGGACGCUUCGUGCAGGUCAUAUGGUGUCUUAGGCCUAAAACCCCAAGGUAACAAUACGGGUCUGUUUGCAAUCAAUUAAAAAAAGUCCUUUUAACUUUGUUUUAAAGAAAAAAACACCUAUUUUACCAAACACUACCAACUUUUUCUUUCUCGGCUUCCGUGAAGAAUCCACUUUUUACUUUUUCUAUUACACAAAAAGCACUUAUUUUACCAAACACUACCAACUUUUACUACUAAUCACUUUUUUCCCAAAAGUACUUUUAUUUAAGCACAAGUGGUUGCAAACAAAGCCUACGUCCUCUCUAUGUGAUUCUAAAAACCUUUUUGUGGUCGACUUGAUAGUCGAAUUGAGGAGAUCUUCAAAGCGUGAAUGUCACCAUACUAAUCAAGGCAAAGAAAUUUCGAUCAUGUUAGUAGUAGACUCCGACGAGGAAGAUGAAAGUAGCAGGAAUGACUGUGAAGAGGGUAAAGAUACUUGCUCCAAAAAUAACUCUUCAAAGAUCGAAGUGGAAAUCCCUGCGCGCCGGCUGUAAUGAGGAUAAGUUGAUGCAAAUUGACCUAUCAAAAGGUACUAUUUCUCUAGUUUCCUAAUUGUAUCAUAGUUCUAUUUUUUUCAUUAUUGUUAGUCCUUAUUAUUACGUUUCUUUUAAAUUUUAUAGUUGUUUUUUCCUCCGUGGAUGGCCGCCGUGCUCCUUUCGCUGGAGAGCUUUUAGCUCGUGCCACAUCCCAGAAGAGGAAAUUGUCAGUCCUUCGUGACGCUGCCAGAUCCAACAAGUUGUCGAUUGCUUUUCGUAUGAUCGUGCCCCCAAUUUUGAGUUUGAGUAUUAUUGGAACAGGAUGGUGACUACUUUCAAUUAUUCUGAUAAUCCAUGGUUGAAGAAACUUUAUGGAAUUAGGGAGAAAUGGUGUCCAACAUUUUCAUAAGAGUACUUUUCUGCUGGCAAUUUAUCCUCACAAAGAAGCGAGUCAACGAAUAAUUCUCUGUCUAGAAAGUUGAAUGCAACGUCCUCUCUUUGUGAUUUCUAUCAUUUCUUUUGUGAAGCUGUUAGUGAAUGGCGGAGUCAUGAGAGAUCAGUUCAAGAACGUUGUUAGGAUGGCUUCCCCGAGAUAGCAAUCUCACAUCUUGGUAUAUUACAUGCAGCUUCUCGAAUUUACACGAUUAAUGCUUACAAGCUGUUUGAGAAGGAGUUUGUUCAUGCUAUGUCUUUGAAACAUGAGGUUAGACAUUGUGUUGAUUCUGUUAUUGGAUAUUUAGUAUGGAUGGCUCAUAUUGAUCAGUUUUCACAUUGGGUUUCAUAUCACACGUCAUGUAAGAGAUUUCAAGAAGUUGGUAUUUUGUGCUGCCAUAGUCUUCGUAUAUAUCAUAUCCACUACAUUGAAGUUCUUCUUGAUUGUUAUGUUUUAAAACGUUGGACUCGAAUAGCAAAGUCAGUUGAACAAAGUUAGUCAUUUAUGAUAUCCAACAUUUCUAAUGUUUUGCCUUCUGUUUGAAGAAUGCAAAUGCAAAGGAAACUUCACAAACUUUUGUGUUCUAGUGAUUCUAAUGCGUCAGCGAGGCUGCUUCGUGAAGAAUCGUUCAAAAAGUUGAAACAUGAUGUUGAAGAACAAGUUGGCAGUGCAUGUUUACUUCUCAGACAGUGAUUCAGCUUCAAUUAGAGUUGGUACAAUUUCUAAUCCCAAAGGUUCGAGGAAAAAAGGUGAAAGAAAUGUUCGACGCAAAAGUAUUGUUGAGAUUAAAUCAAAUCAAGCGCGAGGAAGGAAAAAGUCAACUACAGCAAGUACAUCAAUUAUUGACCCUUGAAAAUUGUAAACACUCUUAAGAGCUUUAUAUUUGGUUAAAUACUUGUUAUAUUAUUCAAAGAAGUACAUGUUGUUUGAUCUUUUAUCUUUAAUUUUAUCAUCAUUUUAGUUUCUGUUAUGUGCAUUUUUAGACUUUACAUGUGUUUCUCU